AUGGAUCAAUUUCCCUCAUCUAGCUUUGUUGUGAGAACUGAAAGAAGUUUGCUGGGCAAGGAAAGGUUGCAGUUUAUCAUCCUUGUGGGCCAGACUGGAAGCGGCAAAACUACCCAGAUUCCCCAGUUUGUUCUUGAAGCUGUGAAAACUUCGGAUAAGAGGCACAGGAUGAUGGUUGCUUGCACUCAGCCCUGUCCAGUGGCUGCAAUCUCUGCCGCGCAGCGCGUUGCCGAAGAGAUGAAUGUCGCCGUUGGUGAAGAAGUUGGGUACAGCAUCUGUUUCGAAGACAAUGUCAGUCGCAGCAAGACGGUCUUGAAGUAUCUAACGGACGGCAUGCUCUUGAGAGAAGCCAUGGCCGACCCACUAUUGGACAGGUAA